CCGCCUACGUUCAAGCUGAAUUCAACAUUGACCGUCGACGGGGACGAGCUUCGCGCAGUGCAAAAGGCGCGUACGUAUCGUGUACUAUAAUAUGGAAAAAUGAAUCAGGCCCUAUGCGCCGUCAUUUUCCCGUUUAUCGCACGGAUAUGGAGAACGUAACCGCGUAAUGCAAACAUUACGUUUACGGGGUGUUGGGGUGCAACGUUAGCAUGAGCAUUUCUCAAGACAGCGUUGCUACGAUUGUGUGCAGGGAGGUUUUCGAUGAGACAUCUCAUCCGACGAACGAAGAGUUACUGGAAUAUGCGAAACGUUUGGGAAUUGAUCCUGAUGCGGAACCACACCUUCUGGACUUGGCCCGUGAAGGUCUUAUGGCAGCCCUGCCUAAGGGAUGGUCUCCGUGCUUCCAUGAAGCUAGUGGUGCCUGGUAUUAUUACCAGGCAUCCACCGGCACCACCACCUGGGAACAUCCCCUAGACGCAGUUUAUAAAGAACUUGUGGAACAAGCUAGAUCUGGCAACAAGAGGCAAAUGAGCCUUGAAGAAGAUUCGAAAACUACGGCAAAAGAUUUAGAGUCUCACGAGGACGCAACUUUACCGAAAGAAACUAUUAUUCCAAAAGAAAUGGUUAAAGAAACUAUUCAUACAAAAACUGGCAUAGCGAGUACUAAAAUUCCUAUGAAACUAGCACCUCUACGAAAAGUCGACAGAAUCGACAGUUCGCGCAGAAAGGAUCGUCCCUCCUCCUUCGAUAGACUUCAAUCGAGAAGGGAAAGUGAUUCGAAAUCCGACAAUGCAAUAUCCUUGUCGAGCGAUCGGGCCGCAAGGGAUUAUACAAACUUGAAAUUUCAAGACCCAAAAUUUUACGAGUGUCCUAAAUUGCUUGAGACAAGAGAUACGAUAGCAACAGCCACAACAACCGUGACAACACCGGCAAAAAAAGAGCUUGAUCUAAAAGAAGUACUAAAGAGAUCUGAAUCGUUGAGUCCGUGGCACGAAAAAGAUUGGGAACAGCUCUCGAGUAAGUUCAGUUCAGAAGAGAAUAUAAUCGACAUCGAUAAACUCAGCGCCAGUACGUUAGCAAGGCCGGAAAAAUUUGAAAAAUUUGACAAAGAGAAACAUCCGAGUCAAUUGGGUCAACAAAAAGAGUUGACUCUUAGUGGUGGUGGUUCAAUGUUUUUAAAAAGUAAUAGGAGCAGAGAUACCACACCUAGUCAAGAUGGCGGCAAAUUGGAGGACUUUCGGGCAUUGACGAUUUCUGACGAAACUAAUAACACUAUUGGUUUGGACAGACCUAAGUCCAUUCUAAGGGAGAAACAGCUUGAAGAUGACGAUAGACCAUUAGAUGAGGAACGCAAAAGUGUGCGCUUUGACUUGGAAAAGGAAUUCAACAUUAAUUUCACAUAUUCAGAAUCCGAGGAUGAUUGGGACCCCGAAUCUGAAGAUAAGAAUCCACGAAUAUCGGCUACAAUCAAUGAUAAAAUUACUGAUUCCAUUCUAUCUCCGUGGAAAUCAACGUUAGAAAAUUGCAAGAACAACAACGACGACGACGACGAUGACGACGACCACGACGACGACGACGACGACCACGACGACGACGACGACGACGACGACGACGACGACGACGACAACGACGACGACGACCACGACGACGACCACGACGGCGACGACGACGUCGACGACAAGAAUGAUUAUUCUAAUGGGAAAGAACGGAAUAAAAUGGAUUCAGAAAGCAACAAGCAAAAUUUGUCUAUAGAAAACGUCAAAUCUAUGUCAAAAACUGCGAAAAUAGUUGGCAAGAGAUUCCUCGUGCAAAACGUUUCGGAAAAUGAACAUCGUAGUCAAAUGACGAAGACUAAUCUAGAAAGGGACAAUAGUUUUGAUUAUAUGCCUAAUAAAUUAGGUGAAAAAGUGAAAAACAUCGAUAUAGUGUCAAAGAGCGAAACAGAUUGCAGCACUGCAAAAAGUAGUGAUUCCGAUGAUAUACGCAAAACAAAAUUAAAUUUUGAAAAAGCAAGACACGCGACAAAUCGCUUAUUAAAUCGACAACUCGAAGAUGACGAGUCACCUGAUAUGUCGAGAUUUAACCAGAAUUAUGCACAAAAAGAACGAUUUGUUCGACCCAAGUUGGAAUAUUCUCGAAGUAUUGACGAUAUGAAGGUGAAAAUGAAUAGAGAACACGAGGAAGAAAUUGAAGCUUUCAGGAUCGAACUCGAUAUCAAGCUGCAGGAAAGGAAGAGGGAACUUGAGGAAAACUUUGCACAACAGAAAAUUUUAAUACAACAAUUUCUGGAUCAAAGAUUGCAGGAAAUGAAAGAGGAAAUGGCACGAAAGGAAGAACAGGAGAUACAAGUAUUGAUCACUGAAAUGGAUCAAGCUAGAAUGGAAAAUUUGAAAAAGGUCCGUACGGAACUAGAGGUCUGCUAUGAGAAAGAGAGACAAGAAAUAUUAACCAAUUUAAAGACGGAACUCGACGAGAGAAAAAGGGAACUUUUGGAAUUGAGAAGUCAGGAGAUGGGCAAGCUAGAAAAUGAGCAUGAACGUGACCUCGGCGAAGAAAAGCUCGCAAAACUGAACGAAUAUGAGUUGAGAAAGAAACAUACUGACAGAAUCGAAACCUUAAAGAAAGAACUGGAAAAAGAAUUUGAAGACGUAAGAAAUGAAUUAAGAACGCAACAACGGGAGAAGAUUACUAAAUUCACCGAAGAUCACGAACAAUGUCUGGCCGAAAUUCUUCGAGAUUUUAGAAUGGAUGAAGCUCUCGCUCGUAAGAUGUACAAAGAACGAUUGGAAGAAAUUCGCGCAGAUUUUGCACGGGACACCGAGAAGGAAGCGAGAAAACAGGCCGAGCGAGCUGUUCAACAAGAAAGUAUUGACUUUGAAAAAAUGCGUUGCGAAAAACGAUUACUGCAAGACAAAUAUACGGCGCUUAAGGAGAAGUAUAUGAAAUUGAAGAACGAUGUUCGUCUCGCGGUCGAAAGAAGAAGCAAAAGAAAGGAAGGAUAUACCACGGCUUCGGAAACUGAAAGAUCGACAUCAACUAGAACGAGGACGGACAAGACCGAUUCGUCGGAACAAAAUACUCCGCUGAAGAACGCGCGCUCGAGCCCAGUAACAAACGCGAAAUCGCAGGACAGCCAAAGCGCGAGCGAACAAGUCGAAGAACAAAACUCUCUGGAAAAUUCGAGGAGUCAGAAAGCGGCCGCGGGCUUUCAGAAACACACAUCCGCUGCUACUGGCUUGAAAAGUGCAGCAAAAUUUGAGUCCGACGAUACUACCACCGCCAGCGAGACAAAUCUUAACAUGAUUACGAAGAAAAAGAAGAGCUUCACUAAAAAAGCUACUUCGAGCGCGGGUCGCUCGAACGGCGGUAAUAAUAACAAUGUGGAGAAUUCGGUGGAAAAUAUUAGAAAACAGCUGAAGAAGCUGGAAGAUCUCGGUGACCAAUUACCGAGCAACGAAACGGCCUAUACGGUGCGAUAUCCUUUUCAAGAUAAAGCGCCGGCGAAUGCCUCUUCGGAGUUAGAGUUCUUCCGACACCGGAUGCAUGUGGAGAAGGAUUCGGUGAGGAGGGCUUGCGAGGCGCUGAGACAACAGAAAAGUGCCUUUCAGGGUAGGCAAAGAGCUUGGAAACAACGAAGCGGGAGAGCCACUCUGGAACAACUGGUGCAGGAGGAACGCGAACUUUCUGAUAUGGAGAUUAGUUUGCAUCGCACCAAAAGUCUUUUAGGUGAGAAAAUCAUUCAUCUAAGACACUUGGAACAAUCUCUGGAGCGAGUGGCGAAUGAUAAGCGAAAUGAAAACGAUACUAAAAACGAUGAAUUAAGCGACAUGUCGAGUGCCAGCAGCGGUUUCAGUUCGACUGAUUUAGGUACUGAUACUUUUAUAGAUAAGCCACUAGAUCAUUAUCAAGAAUCUACUGAAAUCAUUGCGAGUUUAGAGAAUUUAAACUCAGAAAUACGAGAGAUUUGGGACGUCUUGAAUAAGCGUCAAGACAGUAACAUACCUCCAACACCGACUCUUAUGUACUCUUAUUUGCGUUGGUUGCGGUUUCAUCAUCUCACCACGCAGCCUAACAGCAUGCAAGGUGCCUUUGGUACGCCCAAUAUACAAUCUAACAUCCUAUCUCAAUUAACUGCAACACAGCCUCCUAUUACCACAACUCAAAAUAUUAUCGCUCAGUACGGACCUAAUAGCGGUUUUAGCACCAGCGUUGGUACAGUCGAGAGAAAUGCCUCAAAUUUGAUGGAAAGGACCAGAAACCUCAGGGAUUGGCUACGCCAAGCUCGCGUCGAAAAUACUGACUUGAUUAGUCCUGGUCAGGCGACUCUUUAAAGGUUUACGUAUAAAAAUACUGCUAUUAUUCCAAUUUGUUUUUCUUUCACAAAGUUAAUCCAUAUUCUCAAAUAAUUUUAAGUUGAUGAUUAAUUGAAGUUGUAGAACUGUUAUUACCAUUGAGAGGUGUGUGUAAUGACGAUAUUUCUAAAUACUUUAUUACCUUUUUAGAAUCAUUUAUUAACUGUGCAAUAUUUAUUAUUAUAGAUAAUUGAUUUUACGUAAAUUAUGAUUAAGAAUUCGUUGAAAAAGAUUUUGAAAAAUAUCAUUUAUAAUUGAAAAUAAUAAUUCCAAGUUGAAACAUAAACGUAUCGAAUUUGUACGAAACUUAAAUUUGCGCUCGCUUGUGACUCAGAAUCUUGUUUCUCUCUUUGCUAAAUCGUCAAAACUAUCGACGAGAAUAUAAAAUGUAUCAUUAUGUGUACGUGUGUGUGUGUGCGUGUGUGUGUGUGUGUGUGUGUGUGUGUGUGUGUGUGUGUGAGUGAUAGAUAAUUCACAUAUGAGCGCGAAUAAAAUUUGACGUGAUAAUUAUAACAUAAAUAUACACGUAAAGUCCAGUAGAUAUUUACAGCAAUGUUUGUAAUAAUUUAAUAAGUUUAAGUCAUGGAAAUUUAAUUGAUUGCACUUUGAUAAAAAUUUAAAUAAUUCUAUUGAUAAUUUUAAUAAAAAAAAUUCCAAAUCAUAAUCAACAGUAUAGCAGUUUAACAUAAUUGUUAUAUAUAUAUAUAUAUAUAUAUAUAUAAAAAUUACAUUUGUCACAUUCAAGAUUGAGACUAUAUACAUAUGUAUAAUACGUGCAAAAAACAUAUAUUGAAGUAUUCACGUAUAUCGAUUUAAAUAAAAUACUAUGCCCGGUAAGACUUUUGAUUUUUUUCACGAAUUCUUCAAAACAAAAUAUUAAAAAUUAUCAUACAAAUAUUAUUGCAUAUAAGAAUUGAAAAGAAAAAAUUAUUCCACAAAGUUUAGUUUCCGCUUUCGUCUUCCAGUUAUUUUAAUUAUUUUACGUACAUAAUACUUUAUCACACCUGCAUAUUUAGUGUAUCCAUGAAUAAUAACAAACACUUUGACACUUUUGAUUAUUAUAUUACAUUAUACGUAUAGAUUUGUAAAUUAAUAAUACAGGGUUGGCGUAUAUAUGCAUAUUUAUGAAUCUGAUGGAUAGUCCCUCUUGUAAAUACAUAUUUCAGAAUCGAGAUUUUCGCACUAUUUAUGCGAUAUAAAUUGCAUAUUAUAAUUAAUGAGUGAGUCAUUUUUUUUAUAACCUGUUGAUUCUCUGUAUAUUUUCAAGAUCGAUUUUUCAAUUAGUAUAUAAAACUUUGUAACAUAUAAAAUAUAACUCUAUGUAGUAUAUUAUACGUUAGUAUAAAAUUAACUGCAUAAGGAAAAUGUAUGGUAUAUCGUAGUGCGCAAUAUUCUAACUACUAAUUGUGAUUUUAUGAAACGUAAAUCAAAAACAUAAAUAUUUCAUCGUAAUAUUUUGUAGAAUAUUUUGCAAAUUUCUAUAUAAUUUGUAUCUUCUAUUAUACAUCUAUAUCUAAAUCAAAUUAUUAAUGUUUAUGUUGUUUGUUUUGUAAAAAAAAAAAUAUUUUUACAAAACAUUAGUAUUGUAUUAUUUACAAAACAUUUUUAAUAAGAUCGCGCGAAAUAUCUCCAUACUUAAACAAUUUACAAAUGCCAAAACUUUCUCUUAAUUAGUAAAUGAUAGAUAUUGUAUUGCGUAGGUUGUGUAAAAUAUGUAUUAAAUAAGUUGAAUAUAUGCCAAAUGUUUGUUGGUCGAUCGAAUUUUUAACGACGACUAUUCCGAAAUAUUGACUAUAAUCAACUUUUAGAGAAAGGCGAUAAAAUAGAGUUAAAAAAAGUAUAUAUAUAUAUAUAUAUAUAUAUAUAUAAAGUAUAUAUAUAUAUAUAUAUAUAUAUAUAUAUAUAUAUAUACACACACAAACAUGUAGCGUUUAUAAAUUAUGUCACAAUGUCGUGAUCUCAUUAGAUGUAUGAUGUAAAUGAAUUGACGAUUACACACUUUGGAAUGUAGAUCUAAUGUCUAGUUGGUUAAAUAAUUAUAAAACUUAAUAUAAUUUCACUAUGUUAACUUGAAACUUCAAGAGAUAUAAAAUUAUACGUACGUGGACAGAAUAUUAUUUUAUUUAAAUUAUAUAAAUAGUGUAGUAUUGUAAGUCACAACAAACAUUUUUUAAAUUUGAGAUAAAUUAUGAUGAAUAUAUAUGUAUAAGAGAUGCAAGAUAUCAUAUGGAAUAAUAUAAACUUUUAUAAUUUACUUAUGUGCCACACGUUGAAGACGGUCAUUAAUGAUAACUUGAUGAGAAUUUUUAACAUUAAUAAACGAAAAAUGAGCAAUAUGAAUAGACAAUCUAUAUAAAAUAUACAAUUAUAUUUAUAUGUGCUCAAUGUUUUGUUCAAUUUUCGUAUUUCAUUAUAUUGUUAUAUAAAUUUAAAAUUAUUAAGAUCGAUGUAAUCGAUAUUAUGCGAUGUCAGUGACCUACUAACAUUACAAUAAAGAAUAAUUUAUUUAAUUGUAACAGUAGACGAAUUAAAAGUUAAUUAUAAUUUAAAGUAAAGUACAGAUAAAUUCUAGAUUCCAAAGUGUAGAGAUUCUUUAUAUUAGCGCCGUCCUUAUUACAUCGUAAAUAUUUUUUAUGCGUUCUAAUGAAUAUAUUAAUUAGUAUUAAUUAUACAGCAAAUGAACAUAGAUUAUGAUAAUUAUUGUAUUUGAUUUAUCUUUACAAUGUUAUUUCUAUUUAUACAUUGUGCAAUCAUUGUCGCGCAUUUCGUGCUUACACGAUUGUUGUGCCAUGAAAAAUAAUAUAGCAACGUAAAUCUUAUAUACGCAACACAA